AUGGCGUUAAAUUGGAAAAAAUCGGAUUAUUUUCCUGAUUUACUUAGAAAAAAUAAAGAAUCGCACCUUGCACUUGAAAAAUUGGUUGAUGACCUACAUACAGAAAAAGAGAAAACGAUCAGCUCCUUUCUGUGUCAUUCUGGCUCAGAGGAUUUCCUCUGGGGACUUGUUUAUUUAUUGGGAGAAGACAUUACAAGAGUUGCUGGAAAUGCUGCAUACAUUAUUGGUACUCUGGCAGAGUCAGAGCUGGGAUGUUACAGAGUUCUGGCUCUGGCUCACUCUGGCAGAUCAGAGAGUGAACAGAUAUUACCAAACUUAACCCGUAUGUUGGCAUUUGAUGAUUCAGAAUCGGUAAUGAAUGCUGCUGGCACCAUGGGAACUUUGGCUGAAAGUCCUCAAGGAAGAGACUGGAUAUUAUCUACAGAAUGUUUCAAUACAAUGUUAGAUCAUAGUACAGUUUUAUUACAUACCGAGAAUAUGUGGACUGCUAGUAAUGCCGCUUUAGUUCUAGCUAGGAUUUCUAUAUCAGAAGAAGGGUGCAAUAAAAUACUGGAUCAUCCAUCUUCAUUACAUAUUUUAACACAGUUAGUUACCUCCCUUGGUACUGACGAAGCAGGGCGUGGAAUGAAUGCAGCGUUUGCUAUAGGUAGACUGAGUGAUAUGGAUAUUGGUAGAGAAAGACUAUUAGCUUUAUCUGAGUGUGAUAAAAUGAUUUCUUCAUUGGCCAAGAUGUUAAGUUGUCAAGAUCUAGGAGCCAGUAAAAAUGCUUGCUUUGCUCUCAGUUGCUUAGCAACAAGUUGUGCAGGACACGGACGUCUGCUACGAAAUCCUCAUAUAGAUGAAAUGAUAUCAGUCUUAUCCAAUCUAUUGAAAUCAGAAGACAGCGAGACAGGGUGGUUUUCUGCAAUGACUAUAAGAACAUUAUCAAGUCAACCUAAAGGCUGUGUUAAACUCAGGGAAAAUCAGCCUUUAAUAUCAGUUUUAAAGACGACAGUAGCCAAUCAAGACAUUAAUCCUGAUUUAAAGGAAGAAGUGGAGAUAACUCUAGAUAUAUUAAAAAGACUGGAUAAACCAAACCCACCAAAUGUUGAAGCAUUAGAUAGCAGUAUAGUUAAAGUCUAUUGGGAUGAAAUCAAACCUAAAAGUCGUCUAGAAGUUCAUUACCAGGUCUAUGAAGGGAAUCAUAGUGUUUAUAAAGGUUCAAGUUGUACCUGUACUGUAGAGAGUCUACAACCUAAUGCUAAAUAUAGCUUUAAACUACAAUGUUUCACUGAAAACGAUGAAAGUCCAUUCUCUGAUUCUGUUUUCGCUACAACUCUAGAAGGAGCACCAGGUCCUCCUACUAACAUUAGAGUAUUGGGUUGUACAAUAACUCAACUAAAGAUAGGCUGGGAUCCACCCAAUGUUUGUAAUGGGACAGUUAAAGGCUAUUAUGUUUACCAAGGAAGUAAACCACCAGAGUUCACUACUGAUGUAACUUGUAUUGUAACUGGUCUGUCUCCCAACACACAGUAUACUAUAGAGGUUUGUGCAGCAACAUCAAAAGGCAAGGGAGAGAAAUCUUCCGUGGUAGGGACCACAGCUGAGAUAGGGGCCCACGCUCCAUCCAAACCAAACGUCACUGUUUUAGGACGUAAUGAGGUACAUGUGUCGUGGGCUAGUCCUGAAGUUCCUUUAGGACGCAUCACCAGAUAUGAUGUCAGUAUGAACGGAAAGACUGUUCACUCUGGUACAGAUUUAUCGUGCUCUGUUCACAGACUGACGCCAGACACAGAAUACACUUUUGUUGUUAUAGCCGUAACUAGUGAAGGUAAAUUCGACAGUAAACCAACUAAAAAACGUACUGCUAAAGAUGAAUAUGACGGUUCCAGAGCUCCACUUUAUCAGCCUCCAAGUCGCGAUUCUAUAUCAGAAGAUACUUCCCAGACUACAACCAAUCCUAAACCACCACCGGUCACUAAAAAACGACGGUCUGUUGGUGAUAUUAAAACUAGAAUCCACAGUGGCAACAAAAAUUUGGUCAAAGGAGGUGGUUCAAGUGACAUUCAAGUCAGACCAGACUCAGGUACCAGCAGUGUUGUGUCCAAAACAUCAAGUAAAACAGCAGCAACGACGUCAACUGACGUCAAUCACCAGACAGCAGAAAUCAAGAAACCAAAAGCAAUAAUCAAAGCACCUCAAACAGAAAAACGAAGGGAAUCGAAUGCAAAUACAGUCCAGCAGAAACCGAAAAUUGAGAACAGACGAUCAAGUUUUUCAACGUCCUUACCAAAGGAUACUUCGCAAAUUCAUCGGAAGCUAACAGAUCGUUAUCCAAACUUGAUGAAGAGCAUGUUUCCAGUCACAGUGAGCUAUGUUUCAAUCCAAGGUGACUCCGGACCUACCGAACUGGAUUACAGAUUAAAAACAAGUGGAGCCUGGACUCGGAAACCAAUCGGACGGGCAGUAGUAGUUUCUAAUAAUAAAUCAAGUCUAACUUUCAAAUUUGAUCGACCAAAGCCUGUUACCAUGGCAGUGACACACCAAUCUCCAAUCAAAGCGAAACUUUCCCAACCUGAUCCAGACGUACCUGUCGUUUUGGACUCAGACAUUUUGUACGAAGAUAAGGAUUUGGUACCUGAGAACCAUUCUGAGAUGCCAAACAGAGACAGGAAGCCAAGCUUGCCAAAGCCAACUCUGCCUAGUCAGCAAUAUCUAGAAGGAGGUAGAAACAGUAUAGGUGAAGUGUCAAAAUCGUGGAGCAUACCCCACCAACCUUCACUGAAGGAAUCAGCCAAUGAAAUUGCAGAAAAUCAUCGGAAUCGAAGACAAAUAGACUAUAUACGAGAGCUGACCAGUCUUCCAGCAUUCCGUGGUACCACCCAAUCACCAGCCGACAAUACCCAUAAUGCCUUUAUACAACGUGCCAAUACAUUUGUUAAUACACACAGGAGUUCCCUGAGGCGAUCCAUUGAACGCACAGUUAGCAAACCAAGUGGUGUGACUGGACCUUUAAAUUUCAACCCAGAAAUUCCAGAGAACCCAAUCAAUAAACAACAUGAUAAGUUUGUACCCAUGCAGCUGAGAACCAACCCAUCUCAUCUACCUCAAACUCAGACCUCAUCUCAAAAAGUCAGUGCUAAUUUACUUGAGCCGAGAGGUUAUCCAGGUAGAAGGUUGGAAUCCUUGACUCGUAAUCACAGUGGUAACCGAGGUAAAUCACCAAUCAACAGGAGAGGGUCAGCUAAAGGUCAAUGUUCAGAUGAAUUAAUUACAAUAGCCAGUCAAGAGAUUAUCAAACAAGAAAAAAUAACCCCAAAAAAGCCACAAGUUCGUACCCUCAACUCAAAACACCUAAAUGAGCCAGAUUCAGUGAGACUAUCUCAGUCAUGGGCGGUGAAUGCCAGAUAA